CCUCUCCGCCUGGUCCCGCAAUCUCCCCGUCGUAUUCACCCUCGCACGCAAGCACCACAUCGCACCCUUCGUCCGUUCCUUCUCCAUCGUCAUAGACCCUCUCGCCCCUGCCUUUCCCUCCUUUUACCGUCUCCUCGCACUUGCCAUACUCAACAUGUCCCAUCUCACCUCCCUCCGUCUCCUCGUCGAUUCGUCCUUCACCUGCGUCCUUCAGCCGGCACUCGCUCGCAAUUCCUAUCCUCACCUCACCCACUUCACCUCUUCCUUUCCCUUUGACCAUCACGUCGCCAGCUUUCUCCAAAAAACACCAGCUCUCCUCGAACUAGAGGUAGACUCCCUUCCCGCCCGCACGGCACCCCUCCCCUCCCUUCCACCCACUUCCAUUCCCCUCUUGUCACACUUCAUUGGCUCUCCCAGAUCCGCUAAAUUAAUCGUGCCUGGUCGUCCCGUCGCAAGCAUACAUCUCAACGGCGGCAGUCUCACAGACGAUGACGUCCCCUCUCUCGCCAAUUCAUCCGUGCCCCUCCUCGUCUUGGGAGCAGUCACAACCCUCCCCCCUGUCCCUUUCUUAGAACUCCUCCAUACCCAUAUGCCACGCCUAGCCUACCUCCGCAUCAUGUCGACUCAAAACUUGU